AUGUCUACUUACGAUCAAGUUGAGAUUGAAGACAUGAUGUUUGAUCCGGAUACGCAGAUGUUUACUUACCCAUGUCCAUGUGGGGACAAGUUUCAGAUUUACAUCGAUGACAUGUUUGACGGAGAAGAGGUGGCAGUCUGUCCGAGCUGCUCUCUCAUGAUCCAGGUGAUCUUUGAGAGGGAGGAUCUACAGGAAUAUUACGAGGAGGCCGGGACUCAGCCACCAGAACCCAUUGCUGUUGCAGCUUAA